AAAGGUUAGCGCGUGCUUUGACUGUGCACACUUGUACGAUUUGCGUCCGAGAUCACCUACCUGCUACUUUACUGGAAAGAGACACACAGGGAUGGCUCAACAGCAGCAGGAGGAGAAGGAGAAGAAGUCGUUCGAGCGGCUGCCCGUGGACGUGGUCCCAGUCAACUACAAGCUGGAGCUGACGCCAAACCUGACGGCCUUCACCUUCCAGGGCCAGCUGGAGAUUACCGUCCAGGUUUGCAAGGCCACUAGUGUUGUUGUGAUGAACUGUGCGGAGAUCGAGAUACAGUCGGCCAAGUGUGUACAGGGAGAUCUCGUGGCAACUGUGACCUUCACCGAGGCGGGAGGAGACUGUGGAGUCUGGAGUUCCCGACCCAGCUGUGCGCCCACGGGAUAGAUCCACUCUGACCCUGCAGUACACAGGAAGCUCAACGACACAAAUGAGAGGGUUCUACCGCUCCAAGUACACUGACCCCACUCCCCGCGAUGAGCGAAAAAUAUGCGCCACGACCACGCAGUUUGAGAGUGCUCUCUGUGUGAUGAUGAGUGUUAUGACGCCGAUAGCUAUCAGUAGUGGUCAAUUUGCUUCAGAUCUACGUGUCCACCACGGGCCGGCCGAAUCACCACCACA